AUGCCAGGCUCGGAGGACCACGAUGAUGGCGAUACCGCCAAGGGCCUAUUGCAGAAUAUUCUGGAAAGGGUAUCCAAUGGGGCCGAGACUGUCGGGUCUGCUAUGCACAAUGCCCGGGCGAGCUAUGAGGAAUCUGGCCGGCACUUCAAGGGCAAGAUUAUGUCGAAAUUGAUGACAUAUGGAGCUGGCAUGCGAAAUGAUGCACGGGCUUUCUUCAAGAAUGUGGAAGUGCCUCUCGCAGCUGGGACAGGAUAUGUUAUUGUUCCUACAGAAGUGCAAACUACAAUCUACGAAGGAUAUGAGGGUGAUCGUAAAGUGGUGCAGACUUCAAUACCAGUGAUCGAUGUACACGAACUCCUCGAUUUCCUUCAGACGGAGGUUCAGCUGGUCUGUCCAAUGGACCAGGUGAGGGAUUUCUGGUCCCGACUACGUCAGAAUGAGUACCCGUUUGCUAAGAACUUUCCUGCUAGAAAGGAUGAUCUGGAUUGCAUGGUACCAUUCAGCAUCUACGGCGACGAGCUGACAUUGGCCAAGGACAGCCGGGAUAAGGAUUCUUGCACGAUCCAUGAGAAUCUUCAGACACUGACUCCGAUCUUGGAGCAUAUUGUCUGGAGCUGCAAUCAG